AUGUCCGCAUUAAAUCAACGCUUGUUCCAAUUAGCACAUGCUAAUAGACAUCCAGAUGAUCGUUUUGAUUAUAUCGUAAAAUAUUAUUUUCUACGUGCCUCAACACUUCACCAAGCACAUGUCUACGUUACACUCUAUAGCUAUCGAAUAUCACCAGAAUUUUAUGAAGAUGGUGAUGAAGUGAAGGAUAUUGUACAUCCACCAUAUGUGAUAGAACAUGAACAAAAUCGCAAAGUCGAAGAAUAUGAACAGAUGAAUGAAGGAUGUUCAUAUGGUGAACAUUAUUGGCAUUCGAUUAAGGAAAUUGAUACAAAUAAAUAUGAUGGUGGAAUCAUUGAGGUAAAUGCUGGAAGUCAGUUAUUCAAAUUAUCAAUUCAAUUUAAAUAUCCUUGUAUUCAUUUACAACAACAAGAACAACUACGAACAGAAAAUGAUCCUUAUUCUUAUCCUUAUAAAUAUAAUAUGUAUCAAUAUGAACAAAAUAAGUAUAUUUAUCAAUUAAGAGCAACGAACAAAGACGAUGUAUUACAAUAUUUAUGGCAACAUUUAGAACAAUUCAAUUUGGCUUUGGAAAUUUUAUUAAAUCAGUUCAACAGAUCAUCUUUAGAUGAUAUAAAGACAUGGGACGAACUUACUCUACUAUGUGAACAAACGGUGAAAUGUAUUAUCGAUAAUGAAAGUGAAAUACAACAUGAAAAGAUAAUAUUUAGUUUAGACACAAUCACUGAACAAAUUAUAACGCAUAAUUGUGAAAUGUAACUAACUCAAUGAUAGAAGACCUGAUCUAAAAACUUUUAAUAUAUUCUAUCGAGAACGACAGUUGCAGUUUUUUUUUUCAGCUGUUUCAAUUCUUUUUUUUUACAAAUAUAUUGAGUCGUGUGAUUUACCACGAUUAAUAUCAGAUAUAGCAUUGUAUCGGUCUAUAGUACUAUGCGGGUUUGAAAUUUGGAACCCACACCUGAUCCGAGAGAUUAAAUUCGUUUAUUUUCUAAAGAUAUAUCAGUUUAGUUCAAUGUUAACCAUAAAAAAAUCUGUUAGCGCAAUCCCUUGCGGGAUUAAAAAUGUGAAACACGAUGUAGCUGCUAUAGCCAAUGUUCUAAAAGCUGCUGUUUUUUAUGCAUAUUGGCGUACAUUUCUUCAUCAUGCCUUACCUUACAUUACAGGGCUUGAACAGGAUAAUACUACAUAUAUGCUCCAAUCAUAUAUUAGCUAUGCAUUAUCUCUGAUAUUUCAUUGAAGCUUUCCAUCACAGUCUAUGAUGACUCUUGAAGCUCAUCUAUUAGAGUCUAUGAUAGGUUCAAAGCCCUGUCAAUCACGGUCUGUGAUGGGUCUAGAGCUUGUCUGUUACAGUCUGUGAUAGGUUCAAAGCCCUGUCUGUCACGGUCUGUGAUGGGUCUAGAGCCUUUCUGUCACGGUCUGUGAUGGGUCUAGAGCAGUGGCGUAGCCAGGAUUUUGGGCUAGGGGGGG